ACAAUAACAAACGUUGGGAUUAUGAUGUACAGCUUACGUUUGUUGCGUCAUUUGCGCGGCGCAACAACGACGGACUUUCGUCCACUUUAUCGACUAGCCAGUACCCACAAGCGACGUGUUCAGUUAAACUCCCUGCCGCCUGAUCAGUUGGAGCAGUUAAAUACCAAUUGUUUCCAGCGCCGCGACGCACUUAGUCACGAGGAAUGGCAGGGCGUACGGACCACGCUCAUCGACAGUUACAAACACAUCAGUGCCCACAACGUAGAUGCCAUUAUACUGGGCGUGAUCAGUAGGGCGGAGCAGUUGCCUCUCGCCAAAAACUACCUGGCCUAUUUGCAAGCCCAGGGCAUUGCGCCGAACACUGCCACACUUGGUCGUCUGUUGCGCAUCUACAAUGCCGCCUAUCAAACCCGUACACUCUGCGCGUCAGAAGAGCGCGAAGUACUGGAUGUGUGCAAGAAAUUGCAGAGCGCACAUGACAACUUGGAUGCCAGCACUUGCGAGCAUAUGAUCCACGGUCUAGUGGCCACCACAGAUUGGCGGCAAGCAGAGCCACUGCUCGAGAUGAUGAAGAUUAGCAGCACGCCCAGUGUGGCUGCCUACAGUGUCCUGGCAGCUAAGGCGUUUACUUGCUCUGAACCGACUUUGGCUUGGCGCCUGCUCGAGGAAAUGUUGCUGGCGCGCAAGCUACCCCGAUGUGAGGUGUAUCUUGCGUAUCUACAACAUAUAGCCAAAGAUCAGCCGGCAUUUGAAGCGCAGCUGGAAAGACUUUUGCAUUUUUUAGGACGGCACGGUAUCGUUAUUAGCGAUAAGGUCGUCCAAGAACUGCUGGCUUUGGCAGAAAAGCUGCCACAUAAAUUGCAGGCGCAAGAGACGCGUCUAGAUCGUCUGGGCAAGUGCGCAAGCUGCAAGCAACACUUGGAACAUGUAGCCGUUAGCGACGCAGAGUUCAAGCAGCUACGAGAUUCAUUCUUGAACAAGGUUCUCGUCCGCAACGACGUCUUCCAGAAGUCCACGCCCGCAGAGGUGGAAGAUUUCAAGCGGUUUGUGGGGAAGACCGCGCCAUACGAUUGUGUAAUCGAUGGACUAAAUGUGGCCUACUCCACGGGAGCCAAGAAACAGCCGCACCAGCUGGCAAAGCUUGUGGCCGAUGUCGUUCGUUAUUUCAAAGAUCGUCGCAAACACGUCCUUGUCCUGGGUCGCAAGCAUAUGAAGAGCUGGUCCAAGUCAGCCAUGAAUUAUGUACACAAUAAUGCCAGCGUGUUUUUGGCAAACAAUCUAUCUCAAGACGACCCAUUUCUGCUUUAUGCGACACUACAAAGCGGCCAGAGCACGGACUUCUUUUCACGUGAUCUCAUGCGCUCCCACGCCUUUCUGCUGGGCGCCGAAUUAAAGCCAAUAUUUCGGCGGUGGCAACAGGAGCAUCAAUACUCACUGAUCACCCAGACGCAAACGGGCCAGAUACUGGUUAAAGAACCCAUACGUUUUAACCUCAGUGCCCAUAAACUGAACGAUGUCUGGCAUAUGCCUUGCUGUGAUACCUAUUCGGCUAAUCCUGCAGAUAAUUUUGAGCUGCCCGCCAAGUGGUUGUGUUUAAGACUAUCGAAGUAAACUGUUCCCAUAAUAAUCAGUUCAGCUUAAUGGUGUGAGAAAAGCGUGGAUUAAACUUGUAAAAAACCAACAAAA